AAGAGAAGCAAAAGAAAAAAAGGUGAAAAACCGUUGGGGGCUUGAGAUUCGAUUCGGUGGACUCCGACUCUUGAGCAAUUGUCAAAAGCUUUUCUCCUUCCUUCCUUCAACUUUUUCAACGAUCCCAAAGUCGAAAUCGAAAGAAAGAGACAGAGAGAGAGCUAAUGUUCUAUCUGAAGACAGUUGUGUUGAAGUCUGGUUUUUUUUUUGGAGAAUCGGGAUUGCGUUUUUUGGAGGUCGUCUGAGAGAAGUUCAAAGGAGAUGCCGGAGGAGGAGUCGAUAGAUAUCAAGUUCAGGCUCUACGAUGGCUCCGACAUCGGACCCUUUCGUUAUUCAGCUGCCUCUACUGUUGAUUUUUUGAAGCAAAGGGUCGUCUCUGAUUGGCCCAAAGGCAAAACAGUUGUUCCAAAGGGGAUAAACGAAGUAAAGCUGAUCAGCUCGGGUAAGAUCUUGGAGAACAACAAGACUGUUGGCCAGUGUAAGACUCCUUUUGGAGAGACUGCAGGUGGUGGAGUUACUGUGAUGCAUGUUGUUGUACAGCCUUCUCCAGCUAAAACUAAAUCAGAGAAGAAGGUCGAUAAAGCACCAAAGUCGGUUAUAUGCACAUGCACCAUUUUGUAAAGGGAGCAAGACAUGUAUCAUACAGACCAUCCUCAACUCUUCAGGUACAGAAGAAAACAACAACCACCAAAAAAAAAGGAAAGAAAAGUAAAGUAAAGCUUCCCUCUAAGCUGUGGAGUAUCAUAACACCUGGAAAUGCAAGCUCUGAAUGUGUAGAAAAUGAUUAGAUUCUUUUGAAUCUGUUGUCCCUUAUUUGUUUUUGUUCAUACAAUCUGGUAUACUUCA